AUGGACGAAGAUCCUGAUGCAGACAUGCUCGAUGUUGGCUCGCCAACACUAAUUUCUAGUAGCUCCGUGUAUAUUCCCUCAGCAGCAAACCUCAAGGUCCUCAAUUUCAUCGAAACCACCUUCGACAACAUUAUUGCUGGACUCGAAGUCGAACGACCACCCUUCGGCGAGGUCGCGGUGCAUCUCAUGCGUAUAACAAGAAGCAAAAGCAGAGCGAAAAGACACGACCGCAGUGGAGCCGAGCUGAACGCUGGUAGUAGUGGUGACGAUGAAUCCAGUACAAAGAUCCGCAGUCGACAGGUCAGGUACUCCUGGCCAGGUGAUACUGCGAAAGAAGCAGAGCGCUUUGCUUACUUGUUGGCCAUCCUGGGUGAGAUCCGGAGUGCGAUCUUGAGUGGCGUAGUUGUGACAAAACGAGAUAUCUAUUACCAUCAGCCGGAGUUGUUCGGGAAGCAGGAGGUAGUAGAUAGGUGGAUCGACGAUAUUGCUUUUACUUGUGGUGUGACGAGGAAGGACUUGAUGGUUACUGCUAGUCCAAAGGGGUUGGUUUGUGGGCUGUGUGUGGAGGAGAGAGUGCAGAGCGUGCCGAUGAACUUUGACGAAAUUACUGGUGAGGAUGUGAGGCAUUUGAAUUGGAUUCUGGUGGUUGAGAAAGAAGCUUCGUUCAAGACCUUGGUCGAGAGCAAUUUCGAUCAGGCGUGUGCUCUCGGCGUCGGGAUGCUGGUUACUGCGAAAGGCUAUCCCGACCUUCAGACACGCAGCUUCUUGCGUCAUGUUCUCAAUAUUUCUGCCCUGCUUUCACCAAUUCCAAUCUUCGGUCUCUUCGACGGCGACCCAGAUGGCCUUGAGAUCCUCCGAUGCUACAAGUCCGGGUCAGAUGCUCUAGCACAAGAGGCCAUCUACAACUUGCCGGAGGUGAAGUGGCUAGGCGUCGAUGUAUGUGAGUUCCUCGGCAACCCUCAGGUAAUGAACGAGGCAGUAGCUCUCACUUCCAGAGAUCGAAAUCGCGCCAAGGGUAUGCUAAGCAGGAUUCAUGUUCGAGAUGCCAGCGCUCAGACCGCUAGCACGAAACGCAUGCUGCAAAUGAUGUUGAUGCUUGGGAAGAAGAUGGAGAUUCAAGCACUGUCCAAAAUCGAUGGAGGCCUCUGUGGAUGGCUCGAGAAGGCAGUGACCGUAGCCUGA